AUGCCCAUCGACGGUCAGACUGAAUUUGAUUCGUUUACAGAGGCCUUUGAGGAAGUUGCCGUCAUUAUAACCCGGCGAGGUGCUCAGGGUACAACUUGGCCACUCACCGAAUUCUUCCACGACAAAACCCAAGAAUCGAUCGAUGUAAUCUUUGACUGGCUUGAUCCGCUGGUUAGAAACGCCCUUCGUCGCAAAACCGCCAGCAGUGGUUCUGAUGCGACAGACGGUGUUUUCCUUGACUUUCUUGCAAGCUCUACUGAUGAUGUGGAGCAUAUUCGCUACGAGCUCGUCACGUACCUCAUCGCAUCUCGAGACACGACAUCUAGCCUCAUCACCUUCACCCUCUACUUGCUUUCCAUGAAUGAGGAUAUCCUCGGACGACUUCGUGCAGAGAUUGAUGAUCAUAUCGGCUCAUCUGAAUUACCAACAUAUGCCAGUAUUAAGGCUUUGAAGUACCUUCGUGCAGUCCUCAACGAAACGCUUCGUCUCUUCCCUAGCGCUCCACUGAUCACUCGCAUGUCAAAGGGCAUACCUUUGGUUAUACCCACUGCAUCUGAUAAAGCGCUUUAUCUGCCGCCGUCAACCCAGGUCAUGACGCUGUCCUUGUUACUACAACGCCGUCACGAUCUUUGGGGCGCCAACGCCGACGAGUUCAAACCAGAUAGAUGGCUUGACGAUGAAAACACUAACAUCCUGAACAGCAACAUGUUCAUUUAUUGUCCGUUUUCUCAUGGACCAAGAGCUUGCAUUGGGCAAGAUUUUGCCAUCAACGAGGCGUCGUACUUUCUAGUGCGAGCCUUGCAGCGCUUCAAGACCUUCCAUCUUUCGCCGCAGUCUCAACCGGUGGGCUCUCUUCCUCCGGAUGAAUGGAAGCAUGGGCAUGGACGUCAGCCCAAAGAGAAGAUACGCCCCGGCAUGAGUUUCACCAUGGAGGGCUGUGGAUGCUUCCUGAAGUAG